AAAUCUAGAUGGGGUAUAAGAGGUGGGAGCGAUUUAGGGCUCUUCAUCCAACUUUGGCACAUUCGAACUCUCUUGUUCACCACCACCAAGGUUGCCACCAGAAGCCCUUCGGAAUGUCCAAGCCCAAGACUCAGUUGCAACAACUUAUUGAACAAUACAUAGAACUCUACUACAGGUAUUCUGGGAAUUCUGACAGCCUUGACAAGCAGGCAUUUAAGAAGAUGCUGGAGGAGCAGUUUCCUGACACUGAUGAGUCUCCCUUGAAGCAACAAAAGAGAGACCAGCUCUUUGUGGAGGCAGACAUAAACAAGGACGGCAAACUGAGUUUUGCAGAAGUGGGCCGUCUGAUUUCAAAAUUCAUUGCUGAAACUAAUGACAAAGUCCGCAAGUAAGAAGGGCGUCCCCUUGGCCACUGGAAAAAUGGCCCAGCAAGUCCUCCAGGAGAUGUCAGAGGAGUGUUGGAUACUAACCUUCCAAAUAUUCACAAACCGCUAUCCGCAUUCACUAUCUUGGAAUGUAAU